UCACUCCUCCCUACACCACCUGCCUUGUCACUCCACUCACUCUUCUCCCUCACACUCAAACACUCUAAUAAUUCAGCUCGUCACAUUUUUGUAUAGAGAAAGAAGUAAUUUUUUUUUAUUUACCUUUGAGAUUGUGUUGUUGUUUAAAUUUGUGCGUGGCUUCAGUUAAGAGUGUUAAGUUAUUAGCGUGUGUGUGCGCGUAUGUGUGUGUUCUUAAGGUGUUUGUGAGAGGUAGAACACACUAACACACUGAUGCUAACUCCCGACACACGCACGCACGCUCUCUAGCGAACACACACUCUACACUUACAAUAAACUACACACACACAUGCACACUCUCUAGCGAACACUCACACAUACACACACUCUACACUUACACUAAACCACACACACACUCUAGCGAACACUCACACAUACACACACUCUACACUUACACUUACCCACACACACACACACACACACACACACUCUAGCGAACACUCACACAUACACACACACACUCUACAUUUACUCUAAACCACACACACACACGUACACACUUUAGUGAACACACAAACGCUCGUAUAGACAGACACAAUGGGGUGGACAAAGAAGCAGAUUCUCCUGGCUUUGAUGAUGGUGGUAACAGGGUCCAUCAAUACUCUCUCCACAAAAUGGGCAGACGAGAUAGAUGCAGAGAAUUCAGCUGGAGAGGUGACCAAAUUUGUACAUCCAUACUUCCAGACAGAGGGAAUGUUCAUCGGAGAAAUAUUAUGUAUGUUGGCUUUCUAUAUAAUGAGGUGUAUGGAGAGGAGGAAGCGACGGGAGCAGGUGGAGAUGUCGCCUUCCACUACACAGUCGACCAAGUUUCCGAAAUACAUCUUCCUCCUGCCAGCGUUGUGUGACACUCUGGCCACCUCCACCAUGUACCUCGGCCUCACACUCACCUACGCCAGCUCCUUCCAGAUGCUAAGGGGUGCCGUCAUAGUGUUCACAGGCCUGCUCUCUGUUGCCUUCCUGGGCCGCAAGAUUAAGUGGUUCCAGUGGCUUGGCAUUCUUAUCAUCAUUGUGGGACUUGUCAUUGUUGGAGUCUCGGAUAUUCUCGUCCCAACCGGUGAAGGGGAUUACACGACUAACAAGAUUAUUACUGGUGACCUCCUCAUCAUUGCGGCCCAGGUGAUCACAGCGUCCCAGAUGGUGUUAGAGGAGAAGUUUGUGCUGGGCCAUGAUGUGCCUCCUCUCCUGGCAGUGGGCUGGGAAGGUGUGUUCGGGUUCACCAUCAUGACAAUUCUGAUUAUUCCGUUUAACUUCAUCGACGGGGGAGUCUUCGCGCAGAACCCCAGUGGUACCCUAGAGGACAUCCCAGACGCCUUCUACCAGAUUGGCACCACCCCCCUCCUGCUGGUGCCCAUUCUUGGUAACAUCUUCAGUAUUGCGUUCUUCAACUUUGCCGGCGUGAGUGUGACCAAGGAACUGUCAGCCACCACUAGGAUGGUCCUGGAUUCUGUCAGGACGUUGGUGGUGUGGAUCUUCUCUCUCAUCAUCACCUGGCAGGAGUUCCAGUACCUGCAGCCGGUUGGUUUUGUGGUGCUCAUAUUGGGGAUGAUGCUGUACAACGACAUCAUCAUCCUGCCAUUCUGCCGUUCGAGAGGGUGGAUCAGCCAGACAGAGACACCCGAUGACACAGAGCCCGUCAUCGCGGCAUCGUCCUCCUCCGCCUCCUCCGCCAGGAUUGUUGAGGCGGACAAGAGGGGCAUUGACAACCAAGGCAGCACAGUGGAGGUGAUGUGAGGAGCAGCGUGUGACAGCUAGAGGCUUAAGACAGGUGUGUGUGUGUGUGUGUGUGUAGGGAAGGUUCGAACGUCACUGGAAGCAAUAGAACAUGGAUUGAUUUGCUACAGUUGGGAUUUUUUAACAGGUGUGAUUUAGAAAGCCAUAUAUGUGAUGAGUAACUGUCAGGUGUGCACAGGUAGAAGGUUAAAGGCUGAAAUCUGACUUGUUUUCAUAAUUUUUCAGCCUGAUUUGGUUUCUCGUGUUGAAUUUUAAGAUGUUGAGAAGUGUGUGAAUUGAAACAGGUGUGUGUGUGUGUGUAGGGAAGGUACAAGCGUGACUGGAAGGAAUAGAACAUGAAGAUUGAUUCGUUACAGCUGGGAUUUUUUAACAGGUGUGAUUGAAAAAGCUAUACAUAUGAUUAAGUGUCAGAUGUGUAUAGGUGGAAGGUUCAAGAUUGAAAUUUGCCUUUUUUUUUUCAUAAUUCUUCAACUAAUUUAGCUUUUUGUGUUGAAUUUAAGAUGUUGAAAAAUAUGUGAAUUAUUUUUUCCUUGUGUUGUGGCUCAGUGUUUUUUUUUUUUUUUUUUUUUUUUUAUAUAUAAUAAUAAGGGGGAAAACUGGCUAAGGGCAACAAAGGAUAUAAAAAAAAGAAGGCCCACUUGAUUGCCAGUUCCCAUGCAGGUCAGAGAGUCAGCCAUAAGAAAGGGACAGAUGCCCUGAAACCUCCAUCUUGUUGGUUUGUGAGAGCACUGGCCAGGUUUAGCAGUGUUGUGUGAAUUGAGUUGCACAUUAGUUACAGGAACAGCCUUUUUCAGAAUGAGGUUUAUUGGAUUAAAAUUAAGCUUACUGAUAUUUGGAUGUUAUUGGAAUGCAUAUCAGGGUUUUUUAAGUGCAUUGAGUUUAUUUGUCUCUAACUUAUCUAUUCAAAAACUCACUUCCUUUAUCAGAUUGAAGAUUAUUGAAUAGAAAUUAAGCUUACUGAUAUUUGGAGCUUAUUGGAAUGCAUAUCAGGUUUACUUAAGUGUGUUGAGAGUGUCAGAAUGCAGAUUUAUUUGUCUCUCUUACUUACCUAUUCAAAAACACACUGGCCUUACAAGAAUGAGGUUUAUUGGAAUGGAAAAUUAAGCUUACUGAUAUUUGAGGCUUAAAGGAAUGCAUAUCAGGUUUAUUUUAGUGCGUUGGGUCUGUCAGAAUGCAGGUUUAUUUGUCUCUUCUACUUAUGUAUACACUAAGCUGGCAAUCCCACACACACAUACACACACACAGACACAUUUCUUUCACACUCAUCCUACCAGUUAGAAGGAACAAUUUUGUGAACCAUCCUAUCACACACACACACACACACACACACACACACACACACACACACACACACACACACACACACACACAUACCAAUUGAACUUAUGAAACAGGUUUAUUGAAGAAUGUAAAGACUGGAGGAGCUGUUUUCAUACUCAUACUCAUUCCUUAUCCAUAUUUCCAGUUGUGUCUUUAUUUUGUCACAUGUCUCAUACUGUUCCUAUACUUAAGUCUUCAUUUAUUGGCCUGUUGCUCUGGUGAAGUGAGGCGAGGCAGAAUAUUAAGGUUGUGUUCAUUCGAUCCUCUUUUACUCUUCCUAAUCUUCAAGUGUGAUAUGUUGUUGUUUUUAUAUUUCUAUUAUAUUUUUGGUGCUGGUGUAUUGGUUAUGGAGAUGCUACAGUACACCUUUCUAAAACACCUAAUGAUGGUCUUUACACUCUCACACUGAUAGAACACACUUAUAUUGCUACAGAACACUUGCUCACACACACAGAACACUUACACACACCCUUAUUACAUCACAUACACUCCCAUAACCUCCAACACACUUGUAACAUCACACAACACUAACACACACCCUUAUUACAUCACAUACACUCACUCACACACACCCAACACACUCAUAACAUUAUAUAAUAUUACAUCAAUCUCACUAUUACAUCACAUUAUCACAGCAUAACAUUGACAACAUACAUUCAACGUACACCCUCAAAAUACACACACUCUUAUUGUGGCAUAGAUUAACACACUCAUUCCUAACUCGUCCUUAUUGAGUUAUCUGCAUAUCAUUCACUGGACAUUAUUGAUAAAGUGAAUAUUGAGUCAUAUUUUUGUGUUUAUUUUUUUAUAUGCAUUUUUCAGUUAGUCAGUUCAUGAAAUUCUUAUUAAUUGUUAAGAAAUAGGUUAUGAAAUUUAUAUUUGAUUAUUGCUUCUUUUUUUUUCUAUAUUUUUGGAGAUCAGAGAAUUCAUUGUGAGAAAAUAAUGAAAUGAUGAAAAUUAGAAUAAGGUGAAUAUUGUAUGUAAUUAUUAGUGAGAAACUUAAAAAAGAAUAUAUUUUAUUAGAUGCCUGCCAUUUGAAAUACUAUAAAGAUAAUAAUAAUAAUGAUAUAAUAAAACAAAGUAAGAAUAACUCAACAAAUUAUCAUAAUCAAGAAAAAACACAACAAAACUGCUUAUAUAUCAGAACAGCAGUGGUUCUUCACCUUUGUACUACCACGCUCUCUCUCACAAUUUGUCCCUCCCUCCACGCCUUCCUUCCAUCCAUCAAUACUAUGCCCUCCCAGAUUAUAAAGAAAAAGGGGACAUUUCUGCAUUUUCCAUAAACUUCCCAUUACUUCACCAUGCUGUUGUUACGAGAGGGAUGAAUGUAGAGAAAUUUCUGCUUUUUCCCAAGGACUCCCAUCCACCAGUUUAACGCCUUCAGUACUGGAAUGCAACUUUACCAUGAGUUUUAA